AUGUUAAAAUUAUUAAUUACUAGUUCAUUAAUAGUGAUCAUUUCAUUCCUCUAUCUAUUCUAUCAACAAUAUAUUAAAGUUGAAAAUAGAUUUGAAAAGUAUCACUCUGAUCCUACUCUAUCAAAUAUAACUGAUUUUGAUUAUGUUAUUAUUGGAGCUGGUACAGCUGGUAGUGUAUUAUCAAGUAGAUUAAGUGAAAAUCCUAAAAUUAAAGUCUUAGUAUUAGAAUCAGGAGUAUCAAAUAAUGAUUUAAUUGGAAUUCAUUUUCCACUUGGAUUUCCAAAGUUUACAAUGAAUACUUCAAUUGACUAUGAUUACAAAACAAUUUCACAACCUCAAUUAAGAAAUAGAGAAAUUUACAUGCCACGUGGUAAAGUAAUUGGUGGUUCAUCAUCUGUUAAUGCUAAUUUAUAUAUUAGAGGACAUCCAUUAGAUUAUAAUGAAUGGAAUUAUUUAUUAUUUAAUAAUACUUCUAAAAAUGGUAAUUUAUCAUGGUCCUAUAAGGAUAUGUUAAAAUAUUUUAAAAAAUCUGAAAAACAUUUAAGUAAAAAUAUAAAUAGAAAAUAUCAUGGCACUGAUGGAAAAUGGAAAAUUAAACAUACUAAAGAUAUUAUUGAAGAAAUUGGUCCAUUAGUUAAUUUUAAUUUAACAAGUGUUAUUAUUAAUAGUUUAAGUAAUGGUUUAAAUAUACCAAUUAGAGAUGAUCCAAAUGAAUUAUUACCAAAUGAAGAAGAAUUAUUAGAAAAAGGAGAAGGACAUUCAAUUUUAGAAAGUGUUUCAUAUCAUCAUCAUUCAAUUGAUGAAAAUGGUAGAAGACAUUCACUUGCAGAAGCAUUUCUAGAUUUAGAAACAUUAAAACGUCCAAAUUUACAAAUUAGAACAGAAUGUAUUGUUAAAAGAAUUUUAUUUACUAAAAAUGGAAAGAAUGAAAAUGUAGCAAGUGGUGUUGAAUAUUUAAAUAAGAGAACAAAUCAAUUAAUUAAAAUUAAUGUUAGAAAGGAAGUUAUUUCAUCAGCAGGUUCAAUUGCUUCACCACAAAUAUUAAUGGUAUCAGGUAUUGGUGAUAAAGAAGAAUUAAAGAAAUUCAACAUUCCAAUUAUAUCCAAUUUGAAAGGAGUUGGUAAAAAUCUUCAUGAUCAUUUAUUAGGAGCUGUAAUUGGUAAAUUAAAAGAAGGUUACACUUCACUUCAUUCCUAUGAAAGUUUGUGGAAUUUACUUCAAUGGAUUAUGCAAUCUUCAUUCAAUUUCUUAGAAUUUUCAAUGGUGAGAAAAUUAUUCCCAGCUGCCAUUCCAAAUUCAUGGAAAUUAUUUAAUGUUGGAGCUCCACAUAUUCAAGGUUUUUUCAAAUCAAAAUAUGCAAAGGAAAAUAAUCAACCAUAUGAUUUACAAAUUGUUUCAGUUCCUGGUUUCUUUGUACAUCAUGCUUCUAUUGAAUAUCCAGGUGAAAAUGGUAUUUCAAUUGGAGUUGUAAAUUUACAACCUAAAGCAAGAGGAUAUAUUUCAUUAAGAUCCAAUGAUACCAAUGAUUCACCAAUUAUACAUGGUAACUAUUUUGGAAAUGAACAAGAUAUUAAAGUAUUGGUGGAUGGAAUUUCUCAAAUUCAAAAAACCUUCCUCCAAGAACCAUUUAAGAGUAUGGUUAAGGAAUUUAUAUUCUGUUCUCCACACGAUUAUAAAACACAUGAUGAAAUUAGAGAAUGUUUAACACAAAUGUUUACAACAUUAUAUCAUCCAACUUCAACAUGUAAAAUGGGAUCUGAAAAUGAUGAAAUGUCAGUAGUUGAUGAAUAUUGUAAAGUUAGAGGUGUUAAAAAUUUAAGAGUUGUUGAUGCUUCUAUUAUGCCAAAUGUUCCAAGAGGUAAUACUAAUGCUCCUACUGCUGCUAUUGCUGAAAAGGCUGCUGAAAUGAUUUUAAAUGAAUGGAAUUUAUAA